CUCGUCCCAUCUUAUCCCAUGCUCCGCUCCAUUCUUCUCAUCGCGCCAUCUUCGCCGACCGAGCAUCACUCAAGCGCCCAAGUUAAAGCGUGAAGCUGGCGGGCAGACUCAAUUGCCCCUGUCUGAACCUUCUCCUGCGCUCUCACUCGUAAACCACACAUCGUCUCUCUUGUAGCACUCAUCAUGGUCAAAGCCGUCGUCAAUGGUGUCGUCCUUGCAGAGUCAAGCAACACCGUAAUCGUUGAAGGAAAUCACUACUUCCCUCCUGAGGACGUUCGCAAGGACGAGUACUUCAGCGAAUCGAACACAAGCACUGUCUGCCCAUGGAAAGGCACGGCCAGUUACUACAACGCGAAUGUCGACGGCAAAGAAAUCAAUGACAUCGCCUGGUACUACCCGAAUACUAAGGAGAAAGCCAUGAACAUCAAGAACUACGUUGCCUUCUACAAGAACAAGGUGGACAUUGCUUGAAGGAUUAUUGGGCUGGUGUAAAGCAGUCUUCACAGUAUAUUGCACACCCUGUAGUCCUAUUCCGGCGUGAAUGUUACGAAUAAUGAUCUCAGAACGUUAGCUGUUAGUGCUCUCGC